AUGGUCGACAGGAGGAAAAACAUCAACGGAGCCAGAGUUCCAGAGGACGUUGUAUGCGAUUUCUACACUGAUGACAAGUGCCAAGAGCCACUUUGGAUUGGAAUGGAGUCAUCGGAGGAUGACAGUGAUUGCAGCUUUAGUGACCCCAGCUUGGAGAUCCAGAACAAGACGGUGAGUGUGCACUGUUACGACGGGACCGCCAUCUACGAGCAUGAAGCCUUGUGA